UCGCGGUUUUAAGAAUCACAAUAAAUCUUUAACAGGAAUUUCUGGAACCGCUUACCAGUAAUUAACCAGUUAUUUAAUCAAUAGCACACUUGAAGUGUCGAAAUCUUGUUAUUUAUGAUUAUAAUAAAAAAUUGGCAGCCCUAUUUUACAAAUUUCCACUCUGUUGCUUCCAUAUUCAUACCAUAAUCAAUUACAGCUGUUUGUGUCCAAUUAGAAAAGAUGUUAAUUUGGAGAAAUAUAUUUUCUUACGUGGUAUUUAUUUUUGUCAGAUUGUUGUAUAUUUCAAUCAUAUCCGCAUCACCUAUUGAAUGUCCAGGAAAAGAUGUUAAUGAAAUACGUCAACGAGCUCAACAAUAUGAGUUAUCAUUUCUAUUUUAUCAUGUACCGUGGAGCGAUGAUAGUCGAAUAGCCCGUAAGGUAUACGAUCAAAUUGCGAAUUAUUACUGGGAAGACAUAUAUUUUGCUACCAUCGAUUGUUAUCAUCUUGCAUGCAAUUGCAGCAAAACCCACUCCUCGCUUGGCUCAGGAACACCUAACAAGUGGCCAACUCUAAUAGUCCAAUAUGGUCAGCGAGUUAAUGUCCAAUAUAAUGGAGAUUGGAGUUCAACAGCUCUUCAUAUCUUUAUUGACAACCUAUUUAUGCCUGUGGAAAGAUUACAUUCGAGAAAAGAGUUAAAAGAAAUGAGGAUGGGCAGAGAUGCAGUGGUAUUAGGGCUUUUCACCGAUCCUUCACAAACAGAAUUUCGAAAGUUUGUAAGUGCAGGCGUCAAAUGGCUUGAAUCGGAUCCAGAGGCAACUUUUCGUUUUGCAGCUACAUUUGGAAAAUCGGUGAAUAUUAUUCUAGACAAAGUGAAUAAUACUAACCAAACACAAUCACAAAUCUUACUUAUCACUUCUAAAGAUAUAAUACGCUUUCCCAACGAUUGGAAUGUUAGCAAUAUCGUUUCGUGGUUAAAAUCCAAGUUUGUGCAAUCAGUAAAUACUUUGUACGGGUAUAACUCUCCAAAAAAUCUAGCAACACAGUUACAAUUAUCACCAGUAUUGGUUGUACUUGCAAACGAUUAUUUCUAUGAAUAUAUGUAUAACUUAACCAAUCCUGAAAUGACCAUAAAUGACCCAUGUUCUAAGAACUCUUUGCAUGGCUAUAUGUUUGUUUUAAGAGAACUCGGAUAUGUGAUGAAUGCAAUGAACAAUAUUAAAUUAUACAACCCAAACACCUGUUAUGUGAAGGAAUAUGUUAGCCUUUGGAAUUUACAUAAUUACUAUGGUUUAAACACCUACCUUAAGCGUCGGAUGUGUCAUUUGAGUGAUAGCUGUGACAAUAAAGAUGUAGUGGAUUUAAGUAUUAAGAAGAUUACCAAGUGUAUACGAGGCAACCAAUUUAAUUCGCAAAGAUGGAAAAUCAGUGCUGCAAAAUAUAUAAAAAAAUUUGUGGAUACAAAUUGGAUUGAUUUCAAGUCGCACCAAAACCAAUCAUUAUCUGUUGUUAUUUUAGACGAAUCAAAACAUAUUGAUUUUUUACAAAUCAUGGGAAUUAAAGAGGCAAAUAUAAAGAGCUUCGUAACCAUGAUAAUAGCAGACCGCUUAAAAGAAAAUAUUUUUUUGUCGCAAGAUAUAUUUUCAUACGACACGUUGCAAGACUUUGUUCGGAGUUACUAUAAUAACAGCCUUAUAUCGUACAAAAGAAGUAGUUACUUUAAACCUAAUCCGGAAGCGCCCCUAAGUAAAGUUUUCAUAGAAAACGUAAAUAGUGAAAUCUUUAUGAAAAGAAUAGAGCAGUCAAAUUUGACCACUAUUUUACUGCUUUAUUCACCGCAAUGUUCGUUCUCAGCUCUUGCAUCGCAAGCACUUAUACAACUAUCUGCUCUUCUAGAUGAUUCGUCAGGUAUUCAAAUAAUACGCAUAAAUACACUAUCGGAUGAAUUACAGUGGGAGUUUAAAAUUGAUAAAACGCCCACAUUGAUUGUGUUCCCGCGUGGACGUUCAGCUGAUUCUCGAGCAUUUCCUAUGAAUUUAAAGUUGGAUGUGCGGAAUAUAUUAAGCUUUGCAUUAGCUCAAAUGGAACCAUUGGAUCAAUUAAAAGCUUUACUCAGCUGUUGUAAACGCCAAAAGUUACAUUCACUUCGAAUGCGAAAGUGUUUGCAAUACAUAAAAACAAUAGUUGACGUGAAAGGACGGAAGAUUGAUGAAAAUGCAAUUUACGCAGAUCAAAUUGUUGAAUGGAGCGAUGUAAACUUGCAAUUAAAAACUAUAUUCCCUCUAUAUUAAAAAUAAGUAUUUUUAUUUGAUCUCAGAUCUGUAGAACUACUAAGCUAUUAGCAUAAAAAUUUAUUAGUGGAUUAUAUAGCGUUAUCGGGUAUGCAGAUAUGAAUGUAAAUUUGUUUGACUUUGUAUUAAAUAAAACUUCUUUUU